UUUAAAAAAUACGUAAUUUGAAACAUAAUGACGUGUAAAUCUAGACGAUCAAGGGUUUUUAUCGGCGUAGUCAUUCUUGUCACAUUUUACUAUACCUUCGCAUAUUUUGGAUACUAUGGAAAACGCCACUGUCUAACUUUUUGGAAUGAAGAGGUCACACCCCACAUGUUUUCCCCGUGGCGUUUGACUUGUAACCAGGCUGAGGAAAAGUCCAGAUUGGAAUCCUUUCUACUCCGGUACAGAAAUGAAUCGCGAGUUAUGUAUCACACGAAAAAGGAUGUUAACAAUGUACCAAUAUUAUCAACAAGUUUGACAGAAAAAAUCGACGCAAUUCAGCGGAUGGGGUGCGACCAGCCCAAUUUUAUGUGUGGACAUAAAGAUCGCUGCGGAUUGGCUUGUCAAAUUCAUCACAGAAUUGGCUGUCUUCUUAUUUCUUAUGUGACAAAUAUGCCGUUAAUUCACACCGUUGACCGUGACGAAUGGUCGUACUCUAACAAAUGGAGUGACGCAUUUCUUCCAAUGGGGUCAAAUUGUACGCCAGGAAAAAAUACGUACACGUGGGACUGGCUUCCAGAUCCAAAUUCUGCGUCAAAAUGUCACAACGUACUUCUGGACAAUUUCGGAACAGAAAUUCCUUACCCUCUCUCAUGGGGAAUACCCGUCACUCAAGAAUUUCAUAAUUCAAUUAACAGUCUCAAGCCAAAAAUUCCCGAUCCAUUCGUCUGGAUGAUCGGACAGUUUGCUAAAUACGCGAUGAGAUUAAACCAAACUAUGGAACAGAAAAUACAACUGUGGAAAAAAGAGGUUGGGUUUAACCCAGAAAAUGCUACAAUUAUUGGUAUGCAAAUCAGACGGACCGACAAGACUGACGAAGGUUUAGAUACAUUUCACGAGCUAGACGAGUAUUUUAUUGAAGCAGAAGCAUAUUUUAAGAAAAUUGAACUCUCUCAAAGUUCAGGGAGGGAAUCGCUUCCAAGAAUUGUGUACCUUUCCUCGGAUAACACUACCGUUUUAGAGGAUGCGAAGACUAGGUAUCCCUCCUGGAAAAUUAUCGGUUUCCAUUCUACUCUUUCGGAAUCAUUGACCAGUCGCAAACAUGGUCUUUUCGAAAUUGUGAGAGAUAUCGUGCUUCUUUCCGAAUGUGAUUACAUAAUUUGUGGACUAUCGUCAAAUGUUUGUCGACUCCUUUACGAAAUUCAAACUUAUAAAGAUUUUAUGUAUGAUUCUCCACACCUUAAAUCUUUGGAUGGUGAUUACGACUAUGCACUAAAAGGCUUACAUACAAUGUCCCGUGAAAAUAUGAAGAUUUGGACAAUUAGUGACAAAUUUGCACAAAAUUGUGUCUAAACUUUUAUCAAGCAAGCUGGAUUUUGGUACGUUUUUGAUAUUACUGUCAUCUUUACAAUUAUUAUUUAGUUUUAUUUAUUUAUUAGUGUGCGUAACUUAAUAAAAAGU